CAUGAGGAAUCUUUCUGGAAGGUCAUGGCAUCAUCUCUCCUGGUUUUAGCAGAGUACAAAACAUGGAUUAUUAGGAGCUGAUCCAUCACGAACAGACUGGAUAAGGAGCAUCGUCCACAGAAGUUGGUGUGUGAUUCGGGUGGAGGAUGAGGUCCUCUCUGGUGGUGUCUGGUGGAGAUAAGGGUCUGCGGGCACGACUUGGACGAAUGAGGCAACUGCUGUGCCAGACUGGGCAUCAUGUGGAUGUGCAGAUGGACGAGGAGCCUGGCGUUUGGCUCAGGAGCUUCCAUCUGCUGGACCUUGAGGAAUGCAGUGAGGACCCGGUGCAGGAGUGGGGAGAGGAGGUGGAAGACGGUGCCAUUUAUGGGGUCACUCUUCACCGAGAACCUAUCCAGCCCCCACCUGAUGCUGCUGAGAACUCUUCUGCCUUCGGCUUCAUGCAGUACCGCACACUGAAGGUCCGCAGGCUUAAAGCAGCCACUCUGGAGCGUCUUGUCACAGAAUUGGUGAACCCGGAGUGCCCUGACCCAGACUACAUGCAAAUAUUCCUCUCCACCUACAGAGCCUUUACCUGCACAAAUGCUUUCAUAGAACUCCUGUUUCAAAGAGAGGACAUGGUCACCAAUCUGGACAACAGUGUCUGUUUUAGUAGUUCUAUGCCAUGUCUGAUCCGGCUGUGGUUAGACGAGUAUCAAGAGGACCUUCGGGACUCUCCAGAUCACCAGGCUCUUCGGCUGCUCUGUGCUCAUCUGCAUCAUCGCCUUUGUUUCAGAUGUCUGGUUCAUCAAGCCGAUGCUCUUCUCAGAAAAUUUCAGACUGAAGGUACAUCAGCAGAAGCCAGCACAGCUGCUGUAGAGAAUCGGGCAACUGAAGACAUCACGGACAGACAGGACAUAGAAGAGAUGGGGGAUGUACUGGGCUUCCCUGCACGAGACAUUGCUGAGCAGCUCACGCUCUUAGAUGCUGAACUCUUUGUCAAAGUGGUUCCUUUUCACUGCCUUGGCUGCAUUUGGUCUCAAAGGGACAAGAAAGAGAAUCGGAAUCUAGCACCCACGGUUCGUGCCACCAUUGCCCAGUUCAAUGCCGUCACUAACUGCGUUAUCACCUCUCUGCUGUGCCCUUCUUCCACAUCCCCUCCCGGUUCCCCAUCCUGCACUCGUAGCGGCCCUACACACAGGGCAAAGAUUAUUGAGAAGUGGAUCUCUGUAGCUCAGGAGUGCCGUCAGUUGAGAAACUUCUCCUCUCUGAGAGCCAUCUUAUCUGCUCUUCAGUGCAAUGCUGUUUACCGGCUAAAGAAAACCUGGGCGGCAAUCAGCAGGGAGAGUAUGGCUGCCUUCGAUCUCCUGUGCGACACAUUUCCUGAUGAGAACUGUGUGCUGGUCAAUCGAGAGAUACUUGUAGAGGAAGCAAACCAGGCAGCUGAUGUAGACACUCACACCGCUUCUAAGUCUCCCAGACUCAGUCCUACAUCUAAGCACAUGACCCCCUCCAGUGGUGAGGUGCCGUACCUGGGCACUUAUCUGACCGUUCUCACCAUGUUGGACACAGCACUACGUGACAAUGUAGAGGGGGGUCUCAUCAACUUUGAGAAGCGCAGAAAAAUAACCAGUCAGGACAAGACAGCUCAGGUGAUUCAGAGAGCUCUGGAGAAACACAACUUGGAGGAGAUGAACUGCCAAGACUUUAGUCUCACACAAGUGGUUUCUAAUGACAAAGAGUUGCUGAUUCCAGACAAAGCCAACGUGUUCUAUGCCAUGUGCACCACUGCCAACUUUGACUUUGUGCUUCGCCAGCGUUACAAAAAUCUCAGCAGAGCGCCUGGAUCAUCCUGGAGUCCCGGAGCAGUUCUGAGGUCCCGCAAGUAACAGCACCGUGAUGACAACCCACAACAUGGUGGUAUAAUACAGGAAAACUUGUUUUAAAAGUGAACAAAGACUAUAUAACCACAUGGACAACUGUGAUGAGCUGGUGACUACUGGAUGUCAAAGCUCUGAUACAUUUAAAAACAGACUGAUGGAUGCAUCAUUGAGCUCCGAAACACACUGGAGUCACAAUUUAUGACAUCAUCUCACCCCGUAAUGUAGCAAGGAAACUGUAGCUUUCUACAGCUGCCACAACGACAGUUCUGAUUUAAAACCAGUUAAAACUGGAGGAAAAAAGACUCCGAGGAUCUGAAAUGAAGACCUAGGGAAGUUGCAAUAAAUGGCCACAUCUACUGCCAGUUUAUUCAGAGGUUUUGCUUUGAAAUGAGAGGUCACGCAUGUGAUACCUGAGUUUUACUGAGAAACAUUUGUUUGUAUUUGGAUGAACACAUUUGUUUUAAAUAUGACCUACAAAUACAAGCUUUUAUGUAGCUAAUAUUCAGCGAUAGGUAAAAAGUGAAUAGAAAUGUAUAUUUAUGUUUUCUAA